AUGCUGUGCCUCAGAUGUCUUAGGGCUCCUCUAGAGCGCGUCUCACAAUCAACAUUGCAGGCCGUGCUCUCGAUCAGAGCCAGUAGCGCAUCACAAUCCGCUCAAAAGAGAUCGUUUGGCGUACUCUCAUCUCUCCCUUCACGACCGACGAUAUUCCCCGCGCGACCAUCGCUACCAGCGAGCGAAGUCCAAGCCACAACGCUUCAGCCUACGUCACAACCUGGACUUUCAGCACUGCAAGUGCGAGGAGCGAAGCGAGACACAUUCAAACCGUCGCAUGUAGUACGGAAACGAAGACACGGCUUCUUGUCGAGGUUACGGACGAGGACUGGAAGGAUGAUCUUGAAGCGGAGGAGGAUGAAGGGAAGGAACACUUUGAGUCAUUAG